UGGCACUUCGGUUCCGUGUGUCGCUCGCGUCAGUACUGCGAAAGCUUCAAAACAAAAUUGUGCUUGGCGACGGUGGUUUAACCGAAUUUUAAACUGAAAUGAUCGAGGAACACGACGAACGCGAGACAAUAUGCGACUCAGUGAAUUCACUGGUGGAAGGCUGCCGUUUGCCGGUCAGGAUGCACAGCACGGAUGAUUGGCCACUUGCAGAAAUCAUCAGCGUUAAAGAAGUACAAGGCGUCAAGUGCUAUUAUGUUCACUAUGUGGACUUCAACAAACGAUUAGAUGAAUGGGUAAUGGAAGAUUCUCUGGACACUAGAAAGGUCCAGUAUCCUCGUCGCGAGGGAACAACAGCGCCAGGAACAGGCGCUGCAACCCCGAAAAAGCAGGCCGUCAGUAGACCUCCUAGUCCUAGUAGCGUUAGCAAUGAGCCAGUUAAUGGUAAUGCCGUGCUACAAGCAGCACUGCAAAAGAAAAUGUCUAGGAAAAGAAAAGCGACCUUUUUAGAAAACGAGGAUUCUCAAGACGCCCCUCCACAAACGCCGGGUCCUAGGCCCACUGGCUCCCUAGUCGCGCAUCAUCACGACGAUGUGGUCACGAGGAUGAAAAAUGUAGAACUAAUUGAAUUAGGUCGCCAUAAAAUAAAACCAUGGUAUUUUAGUCCAUAUCCGCAAGAGAUGGUAAAUUUAACUUGUAUAUAUAUUUGUGAAUUCUGCCUAAAGUACAGAAAGAGUCGAAAGUGCUUAGAAAGGCAUUUAGUCAAGUGCAAUCUACGUCAUCCACCUGGGAACGAAAUCUACAGGAAGGGAUCUAUAUCAUUUUUCGAGAUUGAUGGCCGCAAAAACAAAAGUUAUGCGCAAAAUCUUUGUCUACUGGCGAAGCUAUUUUUAGAUCACAAAACCCUAUACUACGACACAGAUCCUUUUUUGUUCUAUGUAAUGACAGAUUUCGAUAGCAGAGGGUUUCACAUAGUCGGCUAUUUUUCGAAGGAAAAGGAAUCGACAGAGGAUCACAAUGUAGCAUGUAUUCUUACACUGCCACCAUACCAGAGAAGAGGUUACGGCAAGCUUUUAAUAGAAUUUUCAUACGAACUAUCAAAAUUCGAAGGAAAGACCGGCUCUCCCGAAAAGCCGUUAUCCGAUUUGGGUUUACUUUCAUACCGAAGUUACUGGGCUCACACGAUACUCGAUAUUCUGCUGACUGUAAAACCUGUUGUAGAGAAUGAGAAGCCGCAAAUAACGAUAAGUGAGAUCUCCGAAUUGACGUCAAUAAAAAAAGAGGAUGUGAUAUCGACUCUACAAAAUCUGAAUCUCAUUAAUUACUACAAGGGACAAUAUAUUGUAACGUUAAAUAGGGAAAUUAUCGAACAACACUCGACUGCGAUGGAAAAGAGACAGAUCAGAAUAGAUCCUAAGUGUUUGCACUGGACACCGAAAACUGGAGUGUUAGGGCCAAAUGGUGAACUUAGUUCGAAUUGACAAUAAAACAACGCUGAUUCAUCUUGAAAUUAUUUUUCAGACAUUUUGAAUGCGAGUACAGUUAAAAGGUGUAUAAAAAUUGUACAUAUAUAUGUUAAUUUACGACGGAGAUGGUCUAGCGUUUUAAUAAGACUAUAUCUGACGUUAUGUACGCUUAUUGCAAUGCUUUAGAAACUUGUCGACACACGCAGAUCUCAGUUAUAGAGCUAAGAUCGUACUACGCGAGUGCUCGCGGAUUUUACCUGACGGAAUAUUUCCUCUAACAAAUGUAUACCUUAAAAAUGCAAUGUUUUAAUAUAAUGAUUAGACUUUUUUUUUAAAGAUUCACAAACAGCUGUCGUGCAGUGGUCGAAUUUGUACAGAUAAUCUAUCGUUCUUGUAGAAUUGUAAAUAAAUGUGAAUUUUAUAACAUACAAUUUCCCCAUGCUCAAAUGCAUUUAAAUUUGAUAGAGAACUGUUUGUACAGAUCCAAUCAAUAGAUUACUAUUUGUAACUCGAUUUUUAGAAUAUACAGAUAAAUGAAGACAUGUAUUACACAUACACACACAUAUAUAAUAUCAUGUGUAUGUAAAUAUGUACACAUCUUUUUCAUGUAAUUUAUUGUACAUUUUCUUGACGUAUAGAGAUGACAUCAUAGAUAGUUACGAAUAUUACAAAUUACAUAAAGUACAUAGUACAUCAAUGUAUUUAUGACGAUUCAUGCAAAACUUGUAGAGAUCAUAUAUAUAUGUAUAUAUAUAUAUAUAUAUAUAUAUAUAUAUAUAUAUAUAUAUAUGUAUAUAUAUAUAUAUAUAUAUGUAUAUAUAUAUAAAGCAAGUUUAUUUUAAGAACUAUAUUUCUUCUAAAAUUCUUAAAGUGAAUAUUUUUGGAUGGGGAGCUGAAUUGACACCGUGACAAAUUGUUACACAAAAGUAAAAAGAAAUCGCAAAAAUUAAAUGUAAAUGAUUUUCUACACUUCUAAUUAAAACAAUUUAAUGCCGUCCGGUAUUUAUUUUUUAUUACAAGCCAAAAAUGGAAUUUUUGUAUGUUUUACCAAUAGUAUAAUAUAGUUUGUGUGUUAAAUCAUGCUCCCUGUGUAAGUCGAUAUUAAUUUUCAUUUUGUAACAAGAAAACCAGUUACCAAUAUAAAAUAAAUUUCAGUUCAAUUUACCAA